AUGUCCUAUCCGCAAAGACCAACCCAUCAGAAUUAUCAAAGGUUAAAUGAACUUCUUGAAGCUAUCAAGGAGGAAUUUGAAAAUGUCAACAAUGAAGCUUCAAGUUUUAGAUUACAUAAAAAUGAAUAUGAUAUUAAAUUUAAUCAACAAACAAGUGAAAUGCAAUCCAUCAAGCAAACCGUUUAUGAAUUAGAAUUGGCUCAUAGAAAAAUUAAAGAAUCUUAUGAAGAUCAAUUGGCUACAUUAAAACGUGAUUUAGACUUAAAAGAUAGACAAUUAGCUUCUUUCCAACAACAAGUUCAACAAGGUCAAACUCCUCAAGGUCAACCAAUCUUAACAAAUGGUGCCACCAAUUUACCAAAACCUCAAUUUGGUACAUAUCAACCAGGUUCAAAUGUUGCUACUCCUCAACAAGCACAAUCUCAAUUACCACCUGUUCAACAACAACCUCAACCACCUCAACAACAUCAUCAAUUACCACCUCCAUUACAAGCUCAACAACCUGGUCAACCUCCAAUUCCUCAAACACAACAACAACAACAACAACAAUUACCUCCAGUUGGUUCUGUUCAACAACAAAAUUCAGUUUCUCCAAAUCAACCAAAAGCCGAAUCAGGUGCACCAUUAGCUCCAAUUCCAAGUCAACAACAACAACCUCAACAACAACAACAACAACCACAACAACCAACUCAAACUGAAGAAACUAAACCAACAUCAACUCCAAGUGGUGGUGCUCAAACUGCUACACCUGCAACUUCAGCUGCUGUUACCGGUUCAGGUGGUGCCUCAACAGUUGCAACUCAACAACAACAACAACAACAACCAUCAACACAUGCUUCAAAUGGUUAUUUAGUCCCAGCAAAUCAAAGAGCUUCACAUAAUAAACAAAUUCCACCAUUUUUACAUGAUUUAGAUUCAACUUUAGUUCCUGCACAUUUAAAAAAAUUACAACCAGAUUAUUAUAUUUUAUAUAAUCCUUCAUUACCAAAAAAUGUUGAUGUUGAAUUAGUUCAUUCAUUAGAUCAUUCAUCUGUGGUUUGUUGUGUUCGUUUUUCAAAUGAUGGUAAAUUUUUAGCAACUGGUUGUAAUAAAACAACUCAAGUUUUUGGAGUUGAAACUGGUGAAUUAGUUGCAAGAUUAACUGAUGAUAAUACUGCAGCAGAAAAUGGUAAUUCAGGUGCAGAUUUAUAUAUUAGAUCAGUUUGUUUUUCACCAGAUGGUAAAUAUUUAGCAACAGGUGCCGAAGAUAAAGUUAUUAGAAUUUGGGAUUUAUCAACAAGAAGAAUUACUAAAUAUUUAAAAGGUCAUGAACAAGAUAUUUAUUCAUUAGAUUUUUUCCCAGAUGGUAAUAGAUUAGUUUCAGGUUCUGGUGAUCGUACUGUUCGUAUUUGGGAUUUACAAAGUGGUCAAUGUUCAUUAACUUUAUCAAUUGAAGAUGGUGUUACCACGGUUGCAGUUUCACCAGAUGGUAAAUUAGUUGCAGCAGGUUCAUUAGAUCGUACAGUUCGUGUUUGGGAUUCAUCAACAGGAUUUUUAGUUGAAAGAUUAGAUUCUGAAAAUGAAGCAGGUACAGGACAUAAAGAUUCAGUUUAUUCAGUUGCUUUUACAUCAGAUGGUUCAGAAGUUGCAUCAGGUUCAUUAGAUCGUACAGUUAAAUUAUGGUCAUUAAAACAAUUGGGAAAUUCUGCAAAUACAAGUACAACUCAAUCCAAGAAUGUUACAGCUUGUGAAGUUACUUAUGUUGGUCAUAAAGAUUUUGUACUUUCAGUUUGUUCAUCACCAGAUUCAAAAUAUAUUUUAUCAGGUUCAAAAGAUCGUGGUGUGAUAUUUUGGGAAAAAAAAACUGGUGAUCCAUUAUUAAUGUUACAAGGUCAUAGAAAUUCUGUUAUUAGUGUUUCUGUUGCUAAUAAUGCUAUUAGUGGUAAUGGUAUGUUUGCCACUGGUAGUGGUGAUUGUAAAGCAAGAAUAUGGAGAUGGAAUUCAGUGUAA